GGCAACGGCUUUGUUGGUGUUUUUCGUCUUUUAUGCAGUCUUCUCCCUUUUCUACUCCACAGCAGAUUAUUAAUUUUAGAACUGUUAUUGUUCAUGAGUAGCAUAAGUGGCAGCUUCCGGGACCGUAGCACUGUGAGCCAUUGUCACUUUGUGUGGCAUCAGUCGCUUUCUAUUUUGGUGAGGAGUGCAGUGUCCCAGGAAAUCUCUGGCUUUGGGGGAAUCGAUACUAUCGGAGGGCCUUGUGCAGCACUAUGCUCAGGGUACAUAUGUAGCUUGUUGAAAAAUUAAUAUCUGCUUGUACAGUGGCCUCCUCUUGGUAGUGUGCGCGGAAGAGCACAUGUACCCGCAGCUGGGCCAACAACUGUCCGCAUUGGCCACUGUGCAAUGAAGGUCUCGUCACUCCUCCAUAUCUGUUUGUUAGCUGGACUUUUCAUAUUCGCCUCAGGCAAAAAUGUCGUCCAAACCUACACUGUGAAAGUUGGUAGCAACAUUACUCUGGUAUGCAAAGAUCAGAUGCGUAAUGUUUGGAUGAGAUGGGACACGGACACGACACUAACAACACCAGCAAUCCCAGGAACCCUUGGCAGCACGUACACAAUAAGGAAUGCAUCGCUAUCAGAUGGUGGUUGUUACCUCUGCUCCAGCAAGAACAGGAACAAGUUCUUCGUUUCUCUUCAAGUACUAGCAAGAGCAUCUGGCACAAGUUCGACAGCUUCACUGUGCCAGUUCCCGGCCACGACAACAAGCUCACCAGCGGUGUCCACAACAGCAAGUGUAGUAUCAACGCUGCUGACUGUAGUAACAACAUCCGCCAGCAGCACAGGCACGAAUACACCAACCCAGCCCUCCACAUCCAGUCCAUCAGUCGGUUCUGGCCACGGCACAGACACGGAUGCACCGACCCAGUCGUCCACGGGCGGUCCAUCAGAUAAAUCUGGCAAACUAGGAGCGGUGAUGACGACUGCAGCGACCGAAACCAUGGACCGAGGCUCAGUGACAAAUGCCUCCACUACGACACUGGCACAUAAUAGAAGUGUGUCGGCCCCACCAGUGUCAACUAGUGCACUUAUGCCGGCCAAUACCAGCACAUUGACUAGUGUUACUGCUGCUGUCUCCAGUAGCGUCACCGUCAUGCCCUCGCCAAGGAACACAGACCAAGGAACGGGGCCUACUACUCUGAUCAGCAAAACCCUGGUCGUGUACAUUGCUGCAGGAGGCGGUGCGCUGGUCAUGCUGCUUGUGACCAUUGUUGUCAUUUGCAAGUGUACCAGGAAACCGGGAAGCAGGAAACGCGUAGCCAUUACGCCUUCACCUGCAGCCCGAAAGCCAGCAGCUGUACUGCGCCAAGCAGGCUCAGAGUUUUCACCCAGCACGUCCACACGUAAUCAGACCAUGUCUGCAGAAGACUCGCCUAUAAGCAAUGCCUACAUGGACCAGUCGAUCCUGAAGCUUCAGUUCGACGGCGGCAACAGCAUGCAAGCGCAGUCGCUUUCCGUCGAUAGCGUCGGAUUGGGCCCGUUGAUGCGCACCGAGCGUACAAACACAAUCGGCUCUGUGUACGCCACAACGGAACUGCUGCACAAGGAUGAGACACUGUCCAUGGACAAUGCCAGCAUGCUAAUGGCCGACGACUCGUCCUACAUCUACAACAAUGACGACGAGAAUGUGUACCACGCAAUGGACACUACCAGCCUGCAUCGUCGCCAUAAUACAAUGGAUACUGCCAGCUUGCAUCGUCCUCAUACUACCGACGACGAGAAUGUGUAUCAUGCAAUGGAUACCACCAGCUUGCAUCGUCACCAUAAUGCAAUGGACACCACCAGCUUGCAUCGUCACCAUACUACCGACGACGAGAAUGUGUAUCACGCAAUGGAUACCGCCAGCUUGCAUCGUCACCAUACUACCGACGACGAGAAUGUGUAUCACGCAAUGGAUACUACCAGCGUGCACCGUCACCAAAAUACCGCCGGGCUAGAGAGGAACACACCAUCAUCAUCUGCACUGUCAACAGCCACAUUUUGCCACGUACCUACAACUACACAACAUCAUCAGCAGCAGAAGCAGCACGCUGACACCAGAAGCCAGACGGGUUCCGAGUACGAGCCUUUGGAGACGACAUAUGCUGUGUUGCUAAGCAGUGACCCAUGUUACGAGUUAUUGCCCGGCCACCGGUCUCAGAAUCAAUCUUCCACCCGGCGUCCACGUUCGAAAUCGCAUGCUGGGCACAUUGUGGCCAACAAUUCAAAAUACGUCGCAUACAACAAGAACUCGAGUAAGCCGGCUUCAAGGGCUAGCCUUGCGAUGGACCUUAUGGUUCCCAAUAGUCCAUCGGCAGUCCCGCUGCAGGCGCCCGAAGUACCACCACAUAAUGACGUUAGCAGCUUUAUGCCGCGACGAUGUUCGCGGGCUAGUGGAUCGAGCCUGAUGGAUUUGCAAGAAGAAUCCAUGCACCAGUCUAGUGACACGGGUGUACGACCUAGCCGCAACAGCAAAACCAGUGUUCACCAGUCUAGUGACACGGGUGCACGACCUAGCCGCAACAGCAAAGCCAGUGUUCUAGACAUGCUGCCCACAGUUCUCUAACAACUCAAAUCCUGUCUUUCAUGGAGAAUAAUAUCUCUGCUUUGCUGUCUCGUAACUCACGGCCCUGUAUUUUUUUCUCCCUCAUUCGCUCUUUUUCCCCAAAUUUGAAUACCGGUAUUAUGUUGUACACAUCUUGAGUCAGUGGCGAUUUACUUCGAAAUAGCUGAAUGUUUUUUAACGCUUUUUUAACGCUUUUUAAUGUUUUAACGCUUUUUAACCAUUACAAUUCAUUUAUUAUUUCAUUUUUCCUUCUUCUACAUAACUAAGAGGACAUCUCAGGCCACUGGCCAAGUCUUUUGUUUUUAGAUCUUAUUUCUAGCAACUGCCUAACCAUAAUUAUGUGACAGAGAAGA